GCAGAGGGAUGCCUGGAGUUACUGUAAAAGACGUUAACCAGCAGGAGUUCCUCAGAGCUCUGGCAGCCUUCCUCAAAAAGUCCGGGAAGCUGAAAGUCCCCGAAUGCGUGGACACAUACAAGCUGGCCAAACAUAAAGAGCUUGCCUUCUAUGAUGAAAACUGGUUCCACACGAGAGCUGCCUCUACAUCAUGGCACCUGUACCUGCGUGGUGGUGCCGGGGUUGGCUCCAUGACCAAGAUCUAUGGAGGACGGCAGAGAAACGGUGUCAGGCCCAGCCACUUCAGCAGAGGCUCCAAGAGUGUGGCCCGCCGCUUUCUCCAAGCCCUGGAGGGACUGAAAAUGGUGGAAAAGGACCAGGACGGGGGCCGCAAGCUAACACCUCAGGGACAGAGAGAUCUGGACAGGAUUGCCGGACAGGUGGCAGCUGCCAACAAGAAGCAUUAG